AUGGCUAUCUGUGAAUCGUACUUCGGCUCUAUCGACCUCUGGCUUCCAUUCGUCAGUAGAAAGAGGGUGAGGCAAGACCUAGAAGCGGGUGUCUCGGCAGAAUUGGCCCUACUCCUGCUCUGCAUGAAACUUGUAUCGGGAUCUACCCCGGCUGAUAAUAUGAAUCAAUCCGCUGCUGAAUCACCCACCUAUCAAGCCGCUCGGAGAUUUGCAAAUGCAUUGGAAGUCAUCAUUCCGACGUCUAUGCGUCUUUUCCAGUCUCUCGUGCUCAUAGCUCUCUACGAGAUUGGCCACGGCAUAUGUCCCACCGCUUACCUUACGAUUAGUCUUGCUGCAAGGCUCGGCCUUUUGAGAGGGGUGCAUGAUCGUAAUAAUGCCACGCAACUCUUCCAAACUCCACCAACUUGGACUCAUUGGGAAGAGGAGCGGAGGACAUGGUGGGCGACUUCCAUCUUGGAGCGUUACAUGAACCUUGGCCCUACAGGAUUUCCUCUAGCUACCCCUGAGCCCGUCCAAGGCGAAUUACUGCCUAUAUCGGACACGGAAUGGUUUCGCGGGUCAAUAGGAACAAGCCAACCGCUUUACACGACAGGCUUCUCAACCAACUCGGAGAUUGGUCCUUUUGCACGAACUUGCCAGGCCUCCCAUAUACUCGGUCGAGUGCUUGCGCAUAGAAACUCUCGAAAAGACUCCGUGAUUCAGAAGGAAACUCUGGAUCAGGCACUCCAGCUGGAGGCAACGCUGGGCGCUCUCGAUUCUCACCUUUCUCAGUCAACGGACGGCGGAUCGGCAAUUGUCGACCUAGCUCUUUGUACAGUCGCACGGCUGACCUUGUAUCAUGGCUAUGCAUGCAUCCAACCCGGCGCCAGAGGGGAGAGACUACCGGAAGAAAGCGACAUGCAAAAUGCUUCGAUACGCGGGUUGAAGCAAAUCAUAUCAGCACGCGGCCCAAUGAUCGCGACCUUUGUCAUUCAGCAGGCGGCAAUUGACGUCAAUAGUCUGAGCCCACUUGUGAUCCAAGUGCUGUACGACAUUGCGACCGAAUGCCAGUGGUUUGUCCGCGAGGGCGAUGUUGCCGAUGGCGCAGACACGACUCUGCAAUUGGCUAUGGAAGCUUUGAUACUGUUUUCGGAGCGGUGGACGUUCAAUGUCUCCAUCUCUUAA